AUGAUGUCAUUGGACAAUCCUCUCAUAGACAGCGCCCCUCUAGCAAAGGAGAAAGAAACCCUCAAGAGCUCUGCAGUUUCAAUUAGCUCUACUGAAACUGCGGAGACGCUGAUCGAUACCCCAGGCUCAUUCAUACCCGGUCGCUCUCUACUCAUUGACGCUCGUGGAAAGGCACUUCUGCGUCUACCCACCCCACCCUCACAACUCGAAAUCCACAUUUAUAACUCAGAUGGGUCGCUCGCAUACGUAUCCACACGCAAGAAACGCUUCUCGGGCAAUUCGACUCUCUCAUCGCCCGAGCGCGGCGAAAUAAUAUUCACCGAAUACUUUUGCGGCCCCAGUAGGGAACCUUUCAUUCAUCUUCUAAAUGCGUCAGAGAAAUCUUCUCCGCAGAUGAAAGCCCAAGGGAAAUACACGUCCCGAACGACGAACUUCUCUGCACCGGAUGGGUCCGCCUUCGAAUGGAGGUAUGUAAAGGAACGUGGCCCAGAUGGGAAGAAGGAAAAAUUUGUUGUGCUGGAGAAGCUGGAAGUUGCCGGCCGCAGAAGAGUCGCACACCUGCUGCGGAAUAAACAGACAAUGCCACCUAAGACGUCAAGGUGUACAGCAGGGAACGGUGGAGAGCUUGUAUUUGAUCAACAUGCAUCCGAAGUGAUAGAUGAAGCGUUGAUUGUGGCUACUUGUCUGCUGAUGUUGAAGAAGGAGACUGAUCGCCAGAGGGCUCUGCAGGCAUUUGUGCUCUUCGCUGGUGUUGCUGGUUCAUAA